UGCAACUGUAAUGGAGUCUUUGUUGCCCCAUUUUCUGUCACAAAGAGGAUUUGGUUGUGUUGUCUUUUCCAGCUCAUGUGUAGAGACUUUGGGGUUGGAGAAUCUAGGGCCAACCCACACCAUUUCUCACCUUAAUCCAGUCCUUCUGCCUUCUCUCUCAGUUAUGCUGCCAGAGUGCUCUCUGCAUUUCCAGAAGCAAGAAAAAAUGAGUAAAUCUCGGGGGUUGGUGUCCUUUGAGGACGUGGCUGUGGACUUCAGCUGGGAGGAGUGGCUGGACUUGGACAAUGCUCAGAGGACCCUGUAUAGGGAAGUGAUGCUGGAGACCUACAGCAGCCUGGUAUCAUUGGGUCACUGCAUUACCAAGCCUGAGGUGAUCUUCAAGUUGGAGCAAGGAGCAGAGCCAUGGACACUUGAAGAACUCCCAAACCAGAGCCUCCCAGAUGUCCAGAUAGUCAAAGACCUUGAGAGGUGUCAGGAAAAUCAAGACAGAUAUUUGUGGCAAGUGUUAAUUACCAACAGCAACCCAUCAAGUCAAGAGAGAGUUGAAACAAAGAAAACAUUGACUUUGGCCUCAGAGCAUAUUUCAAAUCUGAUUGCAAAUCACAGAAACUAUUCAGGAAUGAGACCUGACAUUGCAUGCCAGAAUACUCUUCUCCCUAGUGAACCUGAUGAGAUGCAUGUUGGAAAGAAACUUGAUACCUGUAGAAUAACUCUGAAAUCUCUCAGACACCAAGAGCUUCUUCGUCAGUGUAACAAGAUUCAAACUGAUCAGCAGCCUUUUGAAUAUGGCAGACAAGGGAAAGUCAACCACACAGAGUUCAUAUUGACACAUAAGGUUCCUACGAGAGAGACCUCCUCUAACUGUAAUGAAUAUGGGAAAGCCUGUGGUCAGUCAGCUAUCAUUGCCCAAGAGAAGACUCACACAGGGAAGAAACCUUUUAAGCAGAAUGUAUGUGAGAAAACAUUGUAUAAAAAGUCCACACUUACUAAACAGAAAAUACACACAGGAGAAAAACAGUAUAAAUGUAGUGAAUGUGAGAAAUCCUUCAAUAAAAAGUCAUACCUCACAAAACAUCAGAGAACACAUAAAGGAGAAAAGCCCUAUACAUGUACCAAAUGUGAGAAAUCCUUCUGUCAGAAGUCAGGCCUUGCUAUUCAUCAGAGAAUUCACACUGGGGAAAAGCCCUAUGGGUGUAAUGUAUGUGGAAAAACCUUCUGCCAAAAGUCCGUCCUUAUUAGACAUCAUAGAAUUCACACAGGAGAGAAACCCUAUGAAUGUAGUGAAUGUGGAAAAAGGUUUUGCCUGAAAUCAGUCCUCACUAUACACCAGAGAACUCACAAAGGGGAAAAACCCUAUGAAUGUAAUGAAUGUGGAAAAACAUUUCACCAGAAGUCAAACCUCAGGAGGCAUCAGAGCACUCACACAGGGGAGAAACCCUAUGAAUGUAACGAAUGUGGGAAAACCUUUUGUCGCAAGUCAAACCUCAGCAGGCAUCAAAGAACUCACACAGGUCAGAAACCAUAUGAAUGUAAGGAAUGUGGCAAAGCUUUCUACCAUAAUUCAGCCCUAACUGUACAUCAGAGAACUCAUACAGGUGAGAAACCAUAUGAAUGUAAAGAAUGUAGGAAAUCUUUUCACCAGAAGUCAAAACUUGUGGUACACCAGAGAAUUCACACAGGGGAAAAACCCUAUGAAUGCAAUGAAUGUGGAAAAACUUUUUGCCGAAAGUCAAAUCUUAGUAGACAUCAGAGUACUCAUACAGGUGAGAAACCAUAUGAAUGUAAAGAAUGUAGAAAGUCUUUUUACCAUAAUUCAGCCCUCACUAUACAUCUGAGAACUCACACAGGUGAAAAACCAUAUGAAUGUAAAGAAUGUAGGAAAUCUUUUCACCAGAAGUCAAAACUCACUGUCCAUCAGAAAACUCACACAGCAGAAAAACCCUAUGAAUGUGAAGAGUGCAGAAAAACCUUUCGUCAGAAAUCGUACCUCAAGUUGCAUCAGGGUAUUCAUACAGGUGAAAAACCCUAUGAAUGUAAAGAAUGUGGAAAAAGCUUCAGCCAGAAGUCAGCCCUCAAUGUGCAUCACAGAACUCACACAGGAGAGAAACCCUAUGAAUGUAAUGAAUGUGGGAAAACAUUCUGCCUUAGGUCAGUCCUCAUUAUACACCAGAGAACUCACACAGGGGAAAAACCCUAUGAAUGUAAUGAUUGUGGAAAAACCUUUCACCAGAAUUCAAACCUCAGGAUGCAUCAGAGAAUCCACACAGGUGUGAAACCAUACGAAUGUAAAGAAUGUAGGAAAACUUUCUACCAUAAGUCAGCCCUCACUGCACAUCAAAGGACUCACACAGGUGUGAAGCCAUAUGACUGUAAAGAAUGUGGGAAAGCGUUCUACCAUAAGUCAACCCUCACUGUCCAUCAGAGAACUCACACAGGUGAGAAAACAUAUGACUGCAAAGAAUGUAGGAAAUCUUUCCACCAGAAGUCAAAACUCACUGUACAUCAAAAAACUCACAAUGGGAAACAACCCUAUGAAUGUACAGUUGGUUCUCAAUAUCCACAGGGCAUUUGUUCUCGGACUUCUCAUGGAUACCAAAAUCCAUGGAUGUUCAAAUCCCUUGUAUAAAAUGGCAUAGUAUUGCAACAACUUAUAUCCUUUCAUAUACUUUAAAUCAUCUCUAGAUUACCUAUAACCCAUAAUGUAAGUGGUGUGUAAAUAGUUGUUACACUGUAUUAUUUUAUUGAUGAUUUUAUUGUAUAGGUAUUUUUAAUGGUUUUGAUUUGUAGUUGGUUUCAGAUAUGCAAUUGCAGAACCCAUGAAUUCAGAGUGUCAUCUAUAAUAAAUGUUAAAACGUCUUUUGUCAGAAGUCACACAUCAGCAGGCAAUCAGGAAAUUGACACAGAAAUCUUAUAUUCAUGGACUAGCUGUGUGUUCUUCCAAACUACCCUCUUUUCUCUUAGACACACAGCCUACAUUUUUUUUUUGAGAGGUUUCCGCUAUAGGGCCCGUGUGCUCGCCAGACAGAGACAUAG